UACCCCUCAUUGAUCGUUUGACUGCCGGUCUGUCAACGAUAUUGUCGCCCGUGUAAUAAUCGCAUCGUUCUUCCCCGCACCUUCUCUUGUCCAGCUCGUUCGACUUUGCAACAAUGGCCGAUCUCCAGGGACGCAAGCUCUUCAAGGUCUUCAACCAGGACUUUAUCGUUGAUGAGCGGUACAAUGUGACAAAGGAAUUAGGACAGGGCGCAUACGGUAUCGUAUGUGCCGCAACUAACACUCAAACCGGCGAAGGCGUUGCGAUCAAGAAGGUCACCAAUGUGUUCAGCAAGAAAAUUCUGGCCAAGCGUGCAUUGCGUGAGAUAAAGCUGUUGCAGCAUUUCAGAGGACAUAGAAAUAUUACGUGUCUGUACGACAUGGAUAUUCCUCGACCAGAGAAUUUCAACGAGACCUAUCUCUAUGAAGAGCUCAUGGAAUGUGACUUGGCCGCCAUUAUCCGCUCCGGACAACCCCUCACGGACGCCCACUUCCAAUCCUUCAUCUACCAGAUCCUCUGCGGUCUCAAAUACAUACACUCAGCCAACGUGCUGCACCGUGACCUCAAGCCCGGCAACCUCCUCGUCAACGCCGACUGCGAACUGAAGAUUUGCGAUUUUGGACUUGCCCGAGGGUUUUCAAUCGACCCCGAGGAAAACGCAGGCUACAUGACCGAAUACGUGGCAACGAGAUGGUACCGUGCGCCGGAAAUCAUGCUCAGCUUCCAGAGCUACACCAAAGCUAUCGACGUCUGGUCGGUUGGCUGCAUUCUCGCCGAGUUACUCGGCGGCCGCCCAUUCUUCAAAGGCCGGGACUACGUCGACCAGCUCAACCAAAUCCUGCACUACCUGGGCACGCCCAACGAAGAAACGCUCUCACGAAUCGGAUCUCCACGAGCACAAGAAUACGUUCGGAAUCUACCGUAUAUGCCCAAGAUUCCAUUCACGCGACUAUUCCCCAACGCGAACCCCGACGCACUCGACCUGCUGGACCGCAUGCUAGCAUUUGACCCUUCGUCGAGAAUAUCCGUCGAAGACGCGCUCGAGCACCGCUACCUGCACAUCUGGCACGACGCCAGCGACGAGCCGUCCUGCCCGACCACGUUCGACUUUGCCUUUGAAGUCGUCGAGGACGUGGGCGACAUGCGCCGCAUGAUUCUCGACGAGGUCAUGCGUUUCCGCCAGCUCGUCCGUGUCCAGCCUCACGCGCAGGGCAAUGGAAACAUUGCCCAGGCUCAGACCAGUGUGCCCAUCCCAGACCACACUGGCCAGUGGGGCCACGAGGAUCCUCGUCCCCAGGAAGCCUCGGCGCAUGGCCCGGCCGGUGGCCCGGCCGGUGGCCUAGAGCAGGAGUUGCAAGGCGGCUUGGAUGCCAUGCAUUAGAUGCAAUCUAUGCUGGGGCAGCUUUAAAAAGUAGCGGGGGAAGUUUGUGGUGGUGGACAUGGACGUCUUUAUUCAAGCCCUGUGAGAAUUGUAGACUGACGAGGUAGCGGGGUGAGACGUUGAAGGGUUGAAGCGUUGAGAAAGCUUAGUUUUCCCUGAGACAGCGAAGAACCAGUAGGAUGGCAGUCGAAUGAAGCAUUAGAUUUUUAUUUUAUUUUACUUUUUCCCUUGAUGGACGCAAUGCGUUUCUUUAUUCAUCACAGAU